AUUUCCGCCAUUUUUGUUUCGAAACGGAGUGACAGCGGGAAGGAAAAGGAGAGAAGCAAUGGAGUCGAAGAGUCCUCCACCAUGUCCAUCCAGCGUCACCGUCCGGCGAAAUCCUUACCGGAAGGCUAGGGCUACUCCUUUAACCAAUCCCCCUCAACUUCCUUCCCACUCCACUUCAUCCUCUAAAUUACCUCCAAUUUCUUCUUUUCCGAUUCAAGACAUUCUCUCUGAAGAAAUCCCCCAAAAUGUUCCCUCCACCGUCACCGUUACGGCCGCCUCACCGUCAUCGUCACAAGAUACAAUCGCCGAAAACCUCAAAGUCUAUUUGAGAAUUUGUCCUCUCGUGCCUCUUAAAGGCUCAACCAAAAAUGCAGGAGAUCAAAAUCCAAGCUCGAGGACGAAAAACGUUUGGCCUCAAAAUCCAUCGAAAAAGAACAGCGUAAAAGAGAAGAAAAAUUCAAAGAAGAAAAGUAACGAGAGUUGUAUAACGGUGAGCGAGGAUUGUCACUCGGUUACUUUAUCUCCUCCUUUGCCGCUACAAGAAUCCAAACGGAUCAAAUCGGAGAUUUACGAAGGUUUUUCACACGUGUUCUCGGCUGACUCGACUCAGAGUGAAGUGUACGAGAAGAUGGUGAACCCGUUGGUUGAGGAUUUCCUCAGGGGUAAAAGCGGAAUGUUGGCGGCAUUGGGGCCAACCGGCUCCGGCAAGACUCAUACAGUUUUUGGGAGUCCUAGGGAGCCUGGCAUGGUUCCUCUAGCUCUCCAAAGGAUUUUCAAGCCAGCUCCAGCGUGUAGCUCUCAGUCCUCACGGCGAUUUUACUUAUCAAUUUUUGAAAUAUGUGCUGAGCGAGGCAAAGCUGAGAGGAUAUCUGAUUUAACCUCGGAUGGACAGGAUUUAUCUAUGCAGCAAUCAGCCAUUAAAGGGCUUCAAGAGGUUCCUGUUCAUGAUGUUGCGGGGGCAGAGCAGUUGAUAGCUCGUGCUCUUCUGAAACGUUCGACAGCUAUGACAAAUGCCAACAGCCAGUCAAGCCGUUCACAGUGCAUCAUCAACAUUCGCAGAGGUACUGAUAGUUCUGAUGCAGAAACUGAUGAGCAAUCAAAUUCUGCUGUUUUAUCUAUUGUUGACCUUGCUGGAGCUGAAAGAGAAAAACGGACUGGGAAUCAGGGAACAAGAUUGGCCGAGAGCAAUUUUAUCAAUAACACAUCGAUGGUUUUUGGUUUAUGCCUAAGAUCCUUGUUGGAGCACCAAAAGAAGCCCAAGAAGGCACUGCAGAAGCACUUUCAAAAUUCUUUGCUGACUAGGUACCUGCGAGAUUAUUUGGAAGGCAAGAAGAGGAUGACAUUGAUUUUAACAGUAAAACCAGGAGAAGAAGACUAUCUUGAUGCGUCAUACUUGCUAAGACAAGCUUCACCUUUUAUGAAAAUCAAGUUCACUAACCUUGAGGCACAGUCCAAUUUUCUCUGCAACAAGAGGCAAUUCCAAACAACAUCUAGAACUGAGCAGUCUAAAAGAAUAAAAGUUGGCAGCCGUGAUGCUUCUCUGAUUGAAGGAAAGAUUGCUGGAGAUGAAAACCAGCUUCAUGAUGAAGAGGAUCUGAGAAUCUGCAAUGCAGAAUUUAAAAACAGUAGACCUCUAAACUUGAAUUCGGAUGACUUGAUGAAGAUGGAGAGAAAUCAUCAGAUUAUGCAAAAUUUUGCCAAAGCUUUAUGGAGUGUUUUGAAGCAACAUAAUGAAAAACUGAAGGUGGCAGAAAGUGAAAUCCAGAUCCUCAAAGAAAAUCUUAGAAAUGAGAAGACAAGAUCUAUUGAGAUGGAGAAAGAGCUCAACAAUUUGAGGUCCUUCUGUACUUGCUCUAAGGAAAAUUCUGUGGCAUCAACCAUUGUUAAAGUAGGUGAAAAUUUUGAGUCCAUGUUACAUUUGGAAGGACACACAUCUUGCAGCUUUGAUGAGACAAAACCGGUUUUGAAUUCUUCCAAUCGCUUCAAAUCUGAAUGCAGUAGCAGUCCCAGAAUAUGUGACUCAACUCCAGGAGAGGACCAAAGGAACGUGAAAGUUCUUUCUCCCAACUGCAAUUGCUCACCAGAAAAUGACGACCUUGUUCGAAUACAGCGGCAGGACAUGUCUUCUCAGGUACCAUGUCACAAAACCACUUCAAACUUGAGUGGGCUUGAAUGCAUUGAUGAUAAGCAAGAACCUGAGGCCAUGGAUGGAUUUUUUUUACUGGAUGGUCAGGUGAGAAGUUCUGAAGCUGAUGUUAGUUCUCCGAGCAUUUGUGUUUUGAACGAAAAUUGUCAGAGUUUUCAGGUACAUGAGAGCUUUCCUGGGACUAGAAAUAUUCAUGAGGAUUCAAGUGAGUCAAAUUAUGUGGUUGUCGAGCAUCUUGAUCCUAAAUCAGAUGUAAAAGUCAGCACUUCAGGCAAUGACAGCAGUGUAUCUGUGGAACCAGGUCAGCAGCUUGGUGAGAAAAAUGAGGACUUACUGGAUUUGCUGGUAUCACCUAAGGAAGUUAAACAUACUCAACAGCAAGACCUUACUUAUGUGCCUGAGACUGAAAUCAGACCUGAUACCUCCUGCAACUCUUCAAGGAAGGAAAAACCAAAAAGGAGGCUUUUGCCUGCUUCAUCCAUUCUAGUGAGGGAAAUCAGCAUUUUGGACGCUGAUGAGUUUGACAAACCAAGGGGGAAUGGAGUCGGAAAUAAGUUGGCUGCUUCUGAAAGGCAAAGAACUCAGGGCAGCAUUUCUCUCCUACGCUUACUAAAGAGUAAUCUUCAUUCUCUAGUGUAGCAGCUUUCAUUGUUUUCUGUAACGCUUGCUUUUGAUGUAUAGAUGGGUCAGUUUUAGUUUUGGGGC